AUGCACAUCGCAGUUACUGCUCCAAACAAAAUUAUUAUUAUAGACAAAGUUCAAAAUAAUACAAUGCGCUUUUCUGAUGGUCGCCCGGUCAGUACACUUGAAUAUGAUUUAGAUACCGGUUCAAGGCGUAUCUUACCCUUAACAUCAAACACCUUUUGUUCCUCGGGAGGAUUCAUUGCUAAUGGUACUUUGGUCAGUACCGGUGGUGCAGAAGAAAUUCCGAGAGAUAAAUAUGUGGCUGGGUUUUCAAGCCUUCGAUUUAUUAAUCCUUGUCAAGACGAUAAAUGUCACUGGCGUGAAGAUUUAAAUGGUAUGACGACUCAUCGAUGGUAUCCUUCUUCCAUAACACUUUCAGAUGGAAGACUAUUCAUCCUUGGUGGAUCUCAGUUUUCUGUAGCCAUCAAUAAUUUGACAAUUAAUAAUCCAACGUACGAAAUUUACCCAAGUGAUGAUCGAAGUCCUAAACAUUUCCAAUUUUUAGUUGAUACAUUGCCAUUCAACCUCUUUCCAAUAAUACAUUUAAUGCCUGGUCCUAAGAAUCAAACCUAUUUGUUCGUUUUUGCCAAUAAAGAUAGUAUAAUUUUUGAUUGGAAAGCUGAAAAGGUUAUAAAAAAACUUCCUCGUCUUAAAGGUGCUUCACGUACUUAUCCUACAACUGGUUCCUCAGUAAUGUUACCAUUACGUCCUGAGGAUGAUUAUAAACCUAUAGUAUUGAUUUGUGGUGGUAAUGAAAAAAAUGAUCCAAAAAGUACAGCUGCAAAUACUUGUGGUAGAAUUGAUUUAUCUGAUUUGGAUAAGGCUAAAUGGGAAAUUUUUGACUUUGGUGGAUUACCAAGAGCCAUGCCCAAUUCUGUGAUUUUGGCUGAUGGAAAAGUUUUAUUCUUAAAUGGUGUCAGUAAAGGAAUAGCCGGUUAUAAUUCUAUGAAACAUCAUACAUUAAAAGCUGAUGACCCAGUUCUUACUCCAGUAUUAUAUAAUGACCAACAGCCUAAUGGAAAAAGAUUUCAAAAACUCAAUCCUUCAACAAUACCCAGAGUUUAUCAUUCGGUAGCUACUUUAAUACCAAACGGUAAGGUUUUCAUCGCUGGUAGUAGUCCACAACAGAAUGUUAUUUUAACAGGUGUCAAAUUUCCCACUGAACUUAGAGUUGAGCUUUUCAGUCCACCAUAUCUUUCAUCAAACCAAUCACGAGUCACUAUAGAAUCUGUGAAUGGCUCUAAAAAAAUAAACAAAGGUCCCAUAGAAGUAAAUUAUGAUCAAUCUAUAGAAGUUGAAGUUACAAUUUCUGACAAAGAACCAGAAUUUACAGCUGCAUUAUUGCAUUAUGGGUUUGUCACACAUUCUACACAUAUGUCUCAACGAUAUGUAAGUUGUAUAAUUAAAAAUAUUAAACCUAAUGAUAAAGGAUUUAUACUUGAUGUGGUUAUGCCACCACAUGGAAAUAUUAUGCCCCCAAUUCCUGUUUAUUUACAUAUCAAUAACAAAGGCAUACCAUGUAUGAGUGCUGUUCACCUUCAUCUAAAAGAAUAA